AUGAGCACUCGCGGCAAGAAGGUCGGCGUCGCCAAGAAGAAGACCAUCAGCAAGAAGAGCGCCAAGGGCAAGAAGGAGAAGGACCCGAAUGCGCCCAAGAGGCCGAAGACCGGCUACAUCUUCUUCUCGGCUGAGGAGAGGGUGAAGGUGAAGGAGGAUAACCCCGAUCUUGGCUUCGGCGACAUCACCAAGCAGGUGUCGGCCAAGUGGAAGGACAUGUCGGAGGAGGAGAAGGAGCCCUACCUCACGCUCGCCAAGAAGGACAAGGAGAGGUACGAGAAGGAGAUGUCCAAGUACAAGACCGCCUCUGCCUCCAAGAAGAAGAAGAAGGCCGAUUCCGACGAAGAUGACGAUGAGGAUGACGAUGACGACGAUUCCGACGAGUAA